AUGGCCGCCACCGACCCGGCAUUCCGGAGCGUGCCACGCCGCGCGCCCUGCUUCCUCGUCUGGCGCGUGGAGAGUAUGGUGCUGGCGCCGGUGCCGCGCGAGCAGCACGGCCGCUUCCACCGCGGCGACGCGUACGUGGUGUUGAGCUGCAGCGAGCGCGGUGCGGCACCCGGCGCCGGCCGCGGCCCGCUCGAGACGCAUGUCCACUUCUGGCUGGGUUCCGGCGCGUCGGUGGACGAGGCUGGCGUGGCCGCCUACAAGACGGUGGAGCUGGACGAGCUACUGGGCGGCGCGGCCGUGCAGCACCGCGAGCUGGAGGGCACCGAGAGCUCCCGCUUCCGCUCCUACUUCCCGGCCGGGCUGCGCCAUCUGGACGGCGGCACGGCCAGCGGCCUGACGCACGUCAGCGACGCGUUCGCGCCCGUGCUGUACGCGGUCAAGGGCCGCCGUAACCCGCUGAUCCGCCAGCUGCCCGCCGUCGCCUGGGAGCACCUGAACGACGGCGAUGUGUUCGUGGUGGACGCGCGUGACGUGAUUUUCGUGUGGACGGGGCGCACCGCCAACAAGAUGGAGAAGAUUCAGGGCGCGAGGCUGGCGCAGGCUCUCAAGAGCGAGCACGGUGGCGCUGACGUCAUCAUCGUGGAGAGCGGCCGGGAGGAGGAGCUGCCGCGCCAGGUGAAGUCAGAGGCGACCGUCGACGCCGACGAACGGCACGAGCGCCGGCGGGCCGAGGACAUCAAGCUGUACCGCUGCAGCGACCAGGACGGCACGCUCAAGGUAGUGGAGGUCAAGAGCGGCCCGCUGAUGCAGGCUGACCUCGACUCGGGCGACUCGUUCAUCAUCGACAACGGCCCGCAGGGUAUCUGGGUGUGGGUGGGCAAGCGCGCGAGCGCCAAGGAGCGCGCCGAGGCCAUGCGCAACGCACAGGGCUUCAUCAAGAAGAAGGGCUACCCAAUCAGCACGCCCGUGACCCGGGUCAUCGAUGGUGGCGAGCCGACCGACUUCAAGACCCUCUUCAAGAGCUGGCGUGACAAGCACGCGCCCGUCGGCCUCGGCAAGAUGGCGGCACUCGGCAAGAUCGCGCCCACCAUUCAGACCAGCUUCGACGCGUCGACGCUGCACGAAAACCGCGCUCUGGCCGCGCAGACGCAGAUGGUCGAUAACGGCGGCGGCCAGAAGGAGGUCUGGAGCGUGGUGCAGCCGCGCUGA